AUGCAUAUCACCUCCAGCAUCAUCAGCCUCCUGCUGGCUUCAGCCACACGUGUUGCCUUCGCGGAGAAGCACAACAAGGCCAAGGAUGCCGUUCUCCUCUCAAAUGUCCGGAGCCUAACCCUUCAACAAGGCAAAAGCACUACGGGACGACGAUCAGACUCAUUGCCUCAACUCACAUGCGUCGGCGGCAACGGUCAGGGCCACUACGACGUCGAUGUCAUGCAAUGCAAGAAUUCAGGCAGUGAAUACGACUCAGAAGACAUCCAGUGGACCUGUCACGCCUCGCUACCGCCGGAGUUCAAGCUGGGCAGUACGGAAGUGAUCUGCGAGGGGUACGAUUCUCCUGACGACCAACAUGUGCUCAAGGGCAGUUGCGGGGUUGAGUACCGUCUCAUCUUGACUGAGCUGGGAGAAGGGAAGUAUGGGAGGAACUUUGGGGGAAACCCUAUACGAAAGGAUCAGAAGGAGGAGGUCCAUGAGAAGCCACAGAUGACGCCGGCGGCGGAAGCGUUCAGACUAUUGUUCUGGCUUGUUUUCAUUAUCGUUGUCUUCAUCAUCAUCUACAGGAUCUCCGGCAGAGACGCUGCUCGAGACCUCCGACUGCCAGAUCCACCUGGAGGCUAUUGGGGAGGCGGAGGAGGUGGUGACGACGGUAACGAUCCGCCACCGCCAUACACUCCGCGAGCGCCCCCGCAACCCAAAGCAAGGCGAGGUCCCUCCUACAGUGCCUCUUCUCGCACCACAAACUCUGGUCCUGGAUUCUGGAGUGGUGCUGGUCUCGGGGGCGCUGCUGGGUACGCCGCUGGUAACUACAUGGGUGGUCGCUCGGAGCGAAAUCGACAGCAGCAGCAGAACACGUAUGCUGCCCCAGGACCUUCGACGUACAACCAAGGAGGUGGAUCGUCGUGGUUUGGCGGAGGUGGUGGAGGAGCUGGUCCGUCGACGUACGGUGGAGGAGGCUCGCCUUCGUUUGGUGGCGGCUCAUCGACGCCGAGCAGCAGUCGUUAUGAGUCUACUGGCUUUGGAGGAACUCGAAGACGGUAG